AUGAGCCACCGGCCAUCACAAAAGAGCAACCGACAAAAUUUGAGUCAUAUAUGCCUGAACACUAGAAAACACAGGACACGUACAUCGCACUCUUCCACCGGCACACCACAGCAAAGGACGGCGAAUGAGCCGGUGGCGGCGUCGGCUUCGCCCAUGGGCGCUAUUUCCGGGGCCCCGAGGGGCGGGCAGAGCACUAAAAACGCGGCAUUCGGGGGAGGGGGCUGGCUGUAA